AUAACCGAUGAAGAUGUAGCUGAUGACAACGAUAUUGACGAAAUCGAUAAAGUGAACACCGCUCACUUCGACGGAAGGAAAACUACAAUCACUAUAUCAAGUGAUGCCGGCGUAGAAUUGCUAGAGAGUGUACCUGAAUAUUUGCGUGCAGCACAUCAUACUUGUGCAGCAGAUGCGAAAACUGUGCAAGCUCAUGCAAGAUGUGUUGUGGUGCUUCUCGAUGCUGAGCUCAAAUACCAAAAAUGGAACACCAAAUUUGGGAAUGCAAAGCGUAUAGUUUUUGGUGAUCGAGCAGAAAAACCGAAGCGAAGAAGUGAGGAAGUUGCAAAGUUGAGACAGAAACAAUACAAUGUGAAGAAAGAAUACGAUGAAAGUCUGGAAAAGGCAAAGUUAGGCCAGCACAUGAGAGUGGCUGACAGAAUGAGCAAGAGACCACAAAUGGAUAAUGUGAGUUGCAAGUCAUUUAUAUACGAAAAUCUCCUCGAACAGAAUUGCAGCAAUAUUUCUUUCACAUUUGCUUCCCUCCCUUGCAAUUGGUAGGA